AUGGAGCCAAAUCUUAAGUUGAAGAAGGAUAAAGGCGAGGAUUUGAAGGAUGUAAUAAAGUUCCAACAACUAGUUGGAAGUUUGAUUUAUCUGACUAUUAUAAGGCCAGAAAUAUAUUACUCUGUUGGUAUCAUUUCUCAAUUUAUGCAAAAUCCAACAACUUCUUACUUAAAUACCGCAAAGAGGAUUUUUCACUAUAUGAAAGGAUCUCUUAGUCAUGGACUUUGGUACAAGAGGUGUGAUACUUUUUUAUUGAGUGGAUUUACUGAUGCAAAUUGGGCAGGUGAUACAUAUGAUCACCGCUCGACUUUAGGUUAUUGUUUUAGUACUGGGUCAACAGUGGUGUCUUGGUGCAGUAAGAAGCAAGAUCUUAUUUCUUUGUCUACCACUGAAGCUGAAUAUAUUGCAGCAACCAUGGCUGCACAAGAAUGUAUUUGGUUGAAAAGGCUAAUCAAUGAUAUGUACCAGAAAGUAGACUAUGUUGUGCAAUCAAGUGUGACAACGAAAGUUCCAUCAAACUUGCAUCAAAUCUGGUUUUUCAUGCUCUAA